AAAGUUUGACCAAACACGGACGGAGCUGCUAUGAUCACUCUGGACUCUGAGGAGUGACUUGCUCGGUUUCUUCAGGAAGGGCAAAAAUGACACCCAAAGUCCCCUUGCUGUUACUGCCCCUCCUCUUCAGUGUUGUUUUGGGGGAGGGGCUCCAGGACAAAAAGGGCCCAUUUGAGAACACUGUUCUGGAUGUGCCUGAGGCCACGCCCGUACCCUAUGCUAUUCAUAAGUUCGAGGUGACACAUCCAGGAGUCGAUGCUUUUCGUCUGAGUGGAGAAGGCAGUGAAGACAUAAAAAUCUCACAGGACGGGUGGCUGUUCCUGCAGCAACCUCUUGACUGGUCUAGAAACGAUCAUUACAUUAUUGGGGUAGAAGCUUUGGAAGGUGGCAGUGUGGUCGAGGGCCCUAUUUAUGUGACCAUAAAUGUGUUGGACAUCAACAACCAUGCUCCAGCCUUCAACUCCACUGAAUAUACAGCAGUGAUCCUCGAAAACAGUCCAGCAGGCGUCCCUUUUACCAGAGUCUUUGCCACUGAUCUGGACGACCCUACUUCUGCCAAUGCUCAUCUGAAGUACAGCUUAGUGCGUGAGAUCCCCAGCAAACACAACACAGCCCUGUUUCAAAUCAAUGCAGCCACAGGGGAGAUCUCCACCACCCCAGAAGGGGCUCAGCUGUUGAAAGCGCGGGAGGGCAUCAGGUACAGCAGAGGAGAGGACCAGAGCCUUGACGCCUUAAGGACAAAGUUUGACCACUUCUGUGCCCCAGUGCACACGAUCCCAUACGAGGAGAACCCUUUCUUCACCUGUGUGCAAAGAGCAGAGAUCAGGAAGCGAAACAUUGACCCAGUGGAGGACCCUGACUACACCCUGAUCAUUCGUGUUCAGGAUUUGGGAGGAGAGUCUGUGAAUGCUCUCACUGGAAGCACCUAUGUCAAUGUUAUUGUUAAGCAAAACCUCUGGAUCAACCCUGGACCCAUUACCAUCAAAGAGCACUUAAAGGAGACCUAUCCACACAUCAUUGCAAAGGUUCAAUCUAAUGAUCCAAACGCACUGUACAAACUGUGGCAGAAAGAACGGCAGUUGAAAUUCCCAUUCAGGAUCUCUGAGGAUGGAGACAUUGAGCUGACAGAGGAGCUGGACCGGGAGGAGAAGGACAUGUACAUCUUAGUAGUUAUUGCUGAAGAUCAGUAUGGAAACCAGCUGGACCCACCCAUGGAGAUCCCUGUUAUUGUUGAAGAUGUGAACGACAAUCAGCCUCAGUGUGAAAACGAGGAGAACAUUUUUGAAGUGCAGGAGGAUGAACCCACUGGUAGUCUGAUCGGGCAGUUGUUGGCUUAUGACAGGGAUGAGGAGGGGACCCUGAAUGCUCAGCUCACGUACUCCCUCGUGUCCCAAACUCCGUCAACCAGCGCCUUCUCCAUCGACCCCACCUCUGGAGAAAUACGCUCCCUGAAAAUACUGAAGAGACAGGACGCCAAAAUCUACCAGCUGUCUGUGCAAGUCAGCGACCCAGUGUUCAGCACACAGUGUAAGGUCGUCGUCAAGGUCAUUGACGUCAACAAUGAGCUGCCGCUGUUUGAGAAACAAGAUUAUGGCAGCCACACUUUGGCAGAGGACACUCCCGUUGGACACACCUUGCUGACCCUAAAGGCAACGGACGCGGAUGAGGCAGAGAGCGGAAGUUCUCAAAUCGAAUUCCACAUUUCUGAAGGAAACGACGAUGGAUUUUUUGCUGUUGAGACAGAGGAAAAUGGAGUCGGCCAACUGGUCAUUGUGAAGCCUCUGGAUUUUGAGACCGCGUCCUCCUACAACCUGAAGAUCGACGCUCGUAACCCGGAGCCUCUGAUGAAGGGUCUGGAGUACGGCAGUGAGUCCUCAGCCACUUUGCAGCUCUCUGUCACUGAUGUGGACGAAGACCCUGAGUUCAGCCUGGACAUCCUGGAUGUGACUGUCCCAGAAGACGUUGCCAAGGGAACCGUGCUGCUCAAAGUGGAAGCCAAGGACCCAGAGGGAAAAGACAUUAGUUUUAAGUUGGAUGGAGAUUCCCAGGGCUGGCUGGAGGUGGACAGUGCCACUGGAGAAAUAAAAGCCAAAGAAAAACUGGAUCGAGAAACACUGGAGACCUUCUCAGUCACUGUCACUGCCUUUGAGAAGGAUAACCCUGAGAAGUCCACAGAUCGCGAGCUGUCUGUGCGGUUGCUGGAUGUCAAUGAUCACCACCCCACACUCACAGAAUCUAAGACUUUCAUUUGCUACAACAAACCUACUCCUGUUCUCAUCAAGGCCCAGGACGCAGAUGCCCCUCCCUUCUCUGAACCAUUCACUUUUGCCUUUUCUCAUGGCAAGAAGUCGCCCAAUUGGGAUCUCAAACCUGUUGACGGCUCAUCGGCUCAGCUGAGUUUGAAGAAAAGUCCAAAUGAGGAUAAAACCUUCACCUUGUCCAUUAACAUUAAAGACAAUGCAGGAGUCGGCGUCAACCAGGCCUUUGAAGUGCAAGUGUGUAACUGCACAGAGCUGGGCUACUGCUAUGUUGAACCUGGGAAACACAGUUUUAUGAUGGGAAUGGGAGCCACUGUUGGGAUCCUUGUUGGCAUCAUAGGCUUCUGCAUUAUUGUGUUUGUGUAUGUGGUCCGACGCAGUAACAAAAAGAAGAAGGAAAGGUUGAAUGCUGAAGAGGAGAGGAACGCCAUGAUGUAGAACAGAGAAACUAUAGUACUAUUAUUAUUGUAAAUCAGACCUUUUUAAGCCAAAGGGUCUGAAACAUAUUUGUACAUUUGUUUGUUUUUUCCUCUGGUUUAUUUACAUUUUAUAUUAUAUUUAAUCAUGACAAUUUCACCAUGGAGAUACCCGUGUAGUAACUUUAUUUUAUAUUCAAAGAGGAGUUUUAGAUUUGAUUCCUGUCCAAGUUUGAAUCAUUUAUGUUUACCCAUUAUUGGUUUAAUUUAUUUGUGUUUCAUCCUCAUGUUUUAGCUUUUGUUAAACAUGUUUAAACAUUUGUGAAUGAAACAAAAAAACGACUCCAGGUAUGUUUGUGAUGAAGAAACAUAACGAUUGUAAACAUUUCGCUAACUUAAAGCUGAGGUACUUGAUCUUCAAAUCGUGAAAAAAGGAAGUACGUUUUUAAAUCUAUCCCCGCUCUCACAAACCAUUUGGCAACAGUUCAAAUGUUUUAUAAUUAUGACAGAAUGUAGCAGUCUGAUUUUUGUAACACAAUUCUGCUUCUACAAUACACUUUCUGAGGUGGAAAAACUAAAUUUCUAAACAGAAAAAGUUUGGUAGUUCAGCUGUAACCAUAGCAAACUGAUUGUCUUGUCAUGUUAUGUGUCAUGUUAUGUGUUUGUCAGUCGGCUGUGAACAAGUAUUACAUAAUUUUGUAAUGAGAAAUCACUGUUCACUGUCCCAAUAAACAUGGCGUCUGGGA